UGUAAACAACGGCCCUGCCAUCACCCGUCUAAGGAUUGGACACACGGUCACACACCCGCCUCAACGCCCACCUGCACAGACUGAACAUAGUCCGAGACCCACACUGCCCAUGGUGCCCCACACAGCCUGACACACCAGAACACCACCUCCUCCACUGCCCAAGAUUCCACUCCCUCCGCACCACCCUCAAAGCAUCCUUAACCAGUCUCCGUAUUCACAGGCCAACCCUAGAGGACCUGCUGGGUAGCGACGCCCUCAGCCCCAACACUGCCUUCCACGCCCUCAAGUGCACGCAAACCUUCCUGCAGAAGUCGGGGCAACUUGACAGGAUCUAACUCCCGCCCAGGUGACAGGCCUAACUAGCCCCAUAAAACACCCACGAAGAAGAAGAAGAAGCCAUCACAUCCCUGCUGAAGAUAUUGCAAACAGAAAGACUCACUACAGAGGAAGGAGAGGACAUAAUUGGAGGACUAUUAUUUAAAGAAGAGCUGAUCGAAGAAACCAAGCCAGUGAUAUAUGAAAUGUGGAGAAAGAGAGAACAACAAAGAACAAUUCUAGACGCGACCAACUGAAGAGCUGAAAACUGACCAGUGAAGAUCAUCAGGGAAGCGCAGAUACAAAGGCCAAGCUUCCCGAACGACACCUGACCUGACCUGACCUGCUGCUGCUCAACGGGGGCGUGUCGGAAUAGCCCCAUAAAACACCCACGAAGAAGAAGAAGAAGUAGUCCUACAUCUUGAGGUGCAGCCCAGUACUGGAGAGCUCAAGAUUUUUGCAAUGCCGAAGAAACCAAGAAGCAUACGAGGGAGGCAGAAUUACCUGAGUGGCCUGCAGAAGAAGCUAGCAUGGAAGGAAGCCCCAAGAAUUGAAGAGGAGCCCCAGCCUACCACAUCCUCUCAAGUGGCACACACCAGCACAUCUCAGCCACUUUCCCUGCCCGAAGAAGGUGUGAUAGAUUUACCUGAUGCAGAGGAGUAUGGAAAAGAGGUGAGAUCCAAGGUGGAGGAAAGAAAGCGGCUCCUUGCAUCAGUAACAGCCAGUGACGUGUCUGCUGCCAAGCAUGAGAGCAAUAAAGACUCAAGCACUAACAUUGUCAUCAGUGUGAGUAGAUUGAAAGAUCUGUUUCUAGAAGAAUCUAUGUGGUGUGAGAACUGCAGUACAACUUCUCAUAAUAUUAAGGUGAAGCCCAGAGGAGCAGAUGUGGAUGUGAGUGUAGUGUGUGAGUCCUGUGGGGCUGUGCUGUACUGUGAUCCAGCAGCUAAGAUUGGCAAGUAUCAUGAAAAUGCCGUGUCCCUGGUGUACAACAGCAUAACAUCAGGAGGAAUGUACACCUGGUACCGUAAUAUUGCAGUGGCACUCAAAACAAAGCCACUGCAUGAGAAGGCCUACUAUGAAAUCAGAGACUUUCUGGGAGAGAAAAUUGUAGCUUAUUGGAAAAACACAGCAGAAACUAUUAGGAUGGCUGUAUUAAAAAAAUAUGAAGAACUUGGAAUUUUCCCAGAUAAAAAUGGCAUCCUAAAUAUUCAGGUUAGCUAUGGAACCUGGGUGACAAAUGGACAUUCAAGCCACAUUGGUGUGGGGUUUGUGGUAGAGAUUUAUACAGGCUAUGUGCUUGAUGUAGAGGUCAUGUCAAAUUACUGUGUGCAGUGUGCAAGACUCCUGACAAAGAAAAGAAGAAAAGAAAUUAAUAAUAAAAAGUAUCGGGAGGCUCAAGGAAAACACAAACCUAACUGUGCCCGCAAUUUUGAUGGCCGCUCUGGCAGCAUGGAAAAAGAAGCUGCAAAAAAGAUGUGGGCACGGUCAGAAGGUCUAAACAAAAUGAGGUACGAAGUCUUUGUAGGUGACGGGAGUGCCAAGACCUUCUCCGCCCUGCAGGAAAUGAACAGUAACACCGGGCCAUAUAACAUUCCAAUUAUAAAAGAAAAAUGUGUAGAUCAUGUGGGAAGAAGACUCGGCACAAGGCUAAGAAAACAUAAAUUGACAGAUCAUGAAAUUGAAAAACUUACUGAAUAUUAUACAGAUGCCAUCAGAGGAAACGAAGGUAAAACUGUGUCCAGCGUGCAGAAAGACAUCCUUGCCUCCUAUCUACACUGCUCCAGCACUGAUGAACAUCCAUCUCACAGCUGCUGCCCCACAGGAGAAGAUUCAUGGUGCUUCUUCAACAAGGCAAAAGCAAAAGGAGAACCACCCAUGCCUCACAAGGAUAUGGAAGUAUACCUUCAAGUAGACCAAAAGGCAAGAAAAGAAAUCAUGAACAUUUAUCUUGACCUUUCAAAAGAUGACUUGCUUCAAAAAUGUCUGAAAGGCAAGACACAAAACAUCAAUGAAGCACUCCAUUCCAAAGUUCAGAAUCACUUACACAAAAAAAAAUUCUACGGCCUCAAAUCAUGCAAGAUAAGUGCAAUUCUCACCAUCUUGGAGCAUAACCUUGGAUAUGUUGCCUCAUCACUGGACAACAUCUUAGGCAAGGACCUGAGCUCACCAGGGAUGGAGUCACAUUUAGAAAGAAAAGAGAAAAGAAGAAUGGCCCACAGCGCACCCACCCGCAAGGCCUCACCUACAAAGAAAAGAAAGGUUUCUGAUGCUCGCUAUUAACCCGGUAGCAGCGACGAGCCAAAUUUGUGUCUUUACCGAGCAGCAGCAACGGGCCAAAUUUGUGUCUUUACCGAGCAGCAGCAACGGGCCAAAUUUGUGUCUUUACCGUGCAGCAGCAACGGGCCAAAUUUGUGCCAUGAUUUAAACCCCCCAAAAUAGAUGUUACAUAAUCUGAUCACAAAUGCUUUGACACAUAAUAUGAAAUGGUUUGUGUGAGGGGUGAUUUUUUCUCGCUUUGGGGGACCAUUAAGAAACAUGAUCCCUGCUGCUACCGGGUUAAGCCAGGACCACAUUGGCACACAAGUACAGGGUAGGAACAAUUGCCGAGUGUAGGGAAGCAGCCCACCACUGGUAUAAAAAACAACCCUACAUGAUGAAGCUCUUGUUCUGAAGACCCCCAGUGGUGAGGUCAAGUACCGUUAAAGGCCUGUGUACACAACCAAUGAAAGUACAUAAAGGAAACUAUGUCUGUUUUUUCUUGAUAUCCUGAUGUAUAGAUCCUGUGAGUUUCAAGUCCCUAGCUGCAAUAGGUAAAAUAUGUACACUAACGCUUCAACUUCAUCGCUUGAUUUUUCAGAACAUUGGUUUCUGCACUUUAACCAAGUAGCAGCGACGGGCCGAGUUUGUGGCUUUACCGUGUAGCAGCGACGGGCCAAGUUUGUGGCUUUACCGUGUAGCAGUGACGGGCCAAGUUUGUGGCUUUACCGUGUAGCAGCGACGGGCCAAGUUUGUGGCUUUACCGUGUAGCAGUGACGGGCCAAAUUUGUGGCUUUACCAUGUAGCAGCAACGGGCCAAAUUUGUGGCUUUACCGUGUAGCAGCAACGGGCCAAAUUUGUGGCUUUACCGUGUAGCAGCAACGGGCCAAAUUUGUGCCAUGAUAUAACCCCCCCAAAAUAGAUGAUGCAUAA